AUGGCUACGAUUCCCGUCGUUUCUAUACUCGAACGGCUUAUGGAAAUUCCAUCCACCAGCGAAGAAGAGCAUGAGAUUGGCGACUUUUUGGGCAGAUAUUUGACAGCUCGGGGUUUCACCGUGGAGAUGACCCCCAUAUCCCCCGAUUCCAACCGGUGUAAUGUUUACGCCUAUCUGGGAGAGUCCCGCAAAGCACGAACAUGUUUGACCUCUCACAUGGAUACGGUUCCCCCAUACAUUGGCUUUAGUAUCAAAGGUGAUGUGAUAUACGGGCGCGGCUCUUGCGAUGAUAAGGGUCCGAUGGCAGCCCAAAUAAUCGCUGUGGAAGAAUUGCGAGCCGACGGGAAGAUCAAACACGGCGACACAUCUCUGCUAUUUGUGGUCGGAGAGGAGAAGGGCGGCCCUGGUAUGCUUGCUGUCAACAAAAUGGAUCUCACCUGGGAGACCGUGAUCUUCGGCGAACCGACAGAGAGCAAACUGGCAGUGGGCCAUAAAGGCCACUACGUCUUCGAACUAUUCGUGGAAGGCAUCGCUGCACAUUCCGGGUAUCCUGAUGAGGGGAGAAGCGCCAACUCGGUUCUAGUAUCGUUACUGGAGGAGCUCAAGGCGAUCGAGUAUCCAGCCUCUCGAAUACUCGGAUCAAGCACGUUCCAUUGCGGCAAGAUAGAAGGAGGCGCUGCAUACAAUGUUUUAGCGGCAGAUGCGUACGCCCUAUGCGGCGUUAGAAUUGCUGCAAGUCUCAAAAUUGUGAAGAAACAGGUUCUCAAUGCGACAAGCCGUCAUCCAGGGGUCACAUUGAAGAAAAUGUUUGGGUACCCAGAGACAUAUCUUGACCAUGAUAUUGAAGGUAUGUUCUCCUUUUUGACUUCAUCUGGCUCGGUUGUAGAUACCAAAAUUUCAGGACUCGAGACAAUGGCCGUCUCAUAUGGCACAGAUGUUCCUCGCCUCCGUGGGAACCACAAGAAAUACCUGUAUGGGCCAGGGUCCAUUUUGCAUGCUCACGGGCCGAGUGAACAAGUCCGCAUUCCAGAUUUAGUUGAUUCUGUUGUUGUCUAUAAACGAUUAGUGUUGAAUUCGCUGGUGAAAGACUGUUCUUGA